CAGUCGAGAUACGAAAACGCCAGCCCUCCAAGGCAGGCCAGAGCGGCCCUAUCUGGCCAGCGUGGCUCAGUGGAGAGCUAGAGCGGCCGGCAGGAGGAGUAGAGUCUCUUGGGCUGGAGCCUGGCAGGAGCGGGCUAGAGCGGCUGGCGGGAGGAGUGGAGCUGGAAGCAAAGGUGGCCUCUGGGGUGGCUAGAGCGUCUCGGAGGCGGGGGUGGGGGAGCCCGGAGCCGGCGCGCGGAGGCUUCGGUUCUGGCAGCUGCGGUGCUUCUUCUCCGACCCGGAGCAGCCCUGCAGAGCCCAUGGAGGCCGAAGACGUCGCCCGAGGGGCGGCCCCAGGGCCCCCCCGGCCCGGCCUGGUGCCCAUCAGCAUCAUCGGGGCUGAGGACGAGGAUUUUGAGAAUGAGCUGAAGACGAACCCCGAGGAGCAAAACAACCAGUUCCAGAGCCUGGAUCAGGUGAAGCGGCGCCCGGCCCACCUCAUGGCCCUCCUGCAGCACGUGGCCAUGCAGUUCGAGCCAGGACCCCUGCUCUGCUGCCUGCACGCGGACAUGCUGGGCUCACUGGGCCCCAAGGAGGCCAAGAAGGCCUUCGGCGACUUCUGCCACAGCUUCCUGGAUAAGUGUGCGAUUCUGCGGGUGUCGGUCCCUCCCACCGUGGCCUUUGAACUUGACCGCACGCGGCCCGAUCUCCUCUCCGAGGAUGUCCAGCGGCAGUUCGUGCAGGAGGUGGUGCAGACCCAGCAGGCAGCCGUCAGCCGGCAGCUGGAGGACUUCCGCUCCAAGAAGCUCAUGGGCAUGACGCCCUGGGAGCAGGAGCUGAUCCAGCUGGGGGCCUGGGUUGGGCGGGACCGCGCCAGCUAUGAGGCCCGGGAGCGGCACCUGGCCGAGCGGCAGCUGACCCACCUGGAGGAGAUGCAACACACCAUCUCUAACGAUGAGGAAAAGAGUGCUGCCGUGGUCAGCGCCAUCACCCUGUACAUGCGCCACCUCGGGGUGCGGACCAAGAGUGGGGACAAGAAGUCGGGGAGGAAUUUCUUCCGGAAAAAGGUGAUGGGGAACCGGCGGUCAGAAGAGCCGACCAAGACCAAGAAAGGACUGAGCAGCUUCCUGGAUGCCGCCCGCUGGAACCGGGGAGAGCCCCAGGCCCCAGACUUUCGACACCUCAAAGCUGAGGCUGAUGGUGAGAAGCCAGGCCUUACAGAACGUAAGGGAGGUCUGGGGGUGCCCUCCCGGGACCGGAAUGUCGGACCCCCUGGGCAGGACACCCCCGGAGUUCCUCUGCACCCUCUGUCUGGGGACAGCCCUGACCGGGAACCAGGUGUUGAUGCCCUCCCCGAGCUGGGGGACCCGCCCCCGCAGGGCCCGGCCAGCCUGGAGCCUGCAGCGCCCCUGGAGAGCACAGAGGAGGCUGCUGACACGGAGAGGCUGUCGGGGCGUCUGGGGCGCUCGGAGAGCCUGCGGGUGAGUGACCGCCGCCGGCCUUCCCGGGGCAGCCUCGGGGCUAAGGGCCGGGGUGGGGGCCGCUCCCGGAGCGACGUGGACAUGGACCCCAGCUCCGCCACGGCCGUGCUUGGCCCUGCCCGACGAGCCACCCCCGAGCCUGGAGAUGAGGGGGAGCCGGGCCGAUCGGGACUAGAGCUGGAGCCAGAAGAGCCCCCCGGCUGGCGGGAGCUCGUCCCCCCGGGCACCCUGCACAGCCUUCCCAAGAGCCAGGUGAAGCGGCAGGAGGUCAUCAACGAGCUGCUGGUGACAGAGGCGGCCCACGUGCGCAUGCUCCGGGUGCUAUAUGACCUCUUCUACCAGCCCAUGGCGGAUGGGGGCUUCUUCUCCCUGGAGGAGCUACAGAACAUCUUCCCCAGCCUGGACGAGCUCAUCGAGGUGCAUUCCCUGUUCCUUGAUCGCCUGAUGAAGCGGAGGCAGGACAGUGGCUACCUCAUUGAGGAGAUCGGAGAUGUGCUGCUGGCCCAGUUUGAUGGUACCGAGGGCUCCUGGUUCCAGAAAAUCUCCUCCCGCUUCUGCAGCCGCCAGUCGUUUGCCUUAGAGCAGCUCAAAGCCAAACAGCGCAAGGAGCCUCGGUUCUGUGCCUUUGUGCAGGAGGCCGAGAGCCGCCCCCGGUGCCGCCGCCUGCAGCUGAAGGACAUGAUCCCCACGGAGAUGCAGCGUCUGACCAAGUACCCGCUGCUCCUGCAGAGCAUCGGGCAGAACACAGAAGAGCUUGUGGAACGGGAGAAAGUGGAGCUGGCGGCUGAGUGCUGCAGGGAAAUUCUGCACCACGUCAACCAAGCUGUGCGCGACAUGGAGGACCUGUUGCGGCUCAAGGAUUAUCAGCGGCGCCUGGAUUUGUCCCACCUGCGGCAGAGCAGCGACCCCAUGCUGAGCGAGUUCAAGAACCUGGACAUCACCAAGAAGAGGCUGGUCCACGAGGGCCCGCUGACGUGGCGGGUGACGAGGGACAAGGCUGUGGAAGUCCACGUCCUGCUGCUGGACGACCUCCUGCUGCUGCUUCAGCGCCAGGAUGAGCGGCUGCUGCUCAAGUCGCACAGCCGGACGCUGACGCCCACGCCCGACGGCAAGACCAUGCUGCGGCCGGUGCUGCGGCUCACCUCCGCCAUGACCCGGGAGGUGGCCACUGAUCACAAAGCCUUUUAUGUCAUUUUUACCUGGGACCAGGAGGCCCAGAUAUACGAGCUGGUGGCCCAGACCGUGUCGGAGCGGAAGAACUGGUGUGCCCUCAUCACUGAGACCGCCGGAUCCCUGAAGGUCCCUGCCCGCACCUCCCGACCCAAACACCGGCCCAGCCCCAGCAGCACCCGUGAACCCCUGCUCAGCAGCUCUGAGAACGGCAACGGUGGCCGAGAGAUGCCCCCGGCUGACGGCCGGAUGGAGAGAAUCUUCAGCGCCCUCCUGCCCUUCUGCAGACCAGGCCCUGAGGGCCAGCUCGCCGCCAAGGCCCUUCAGAAAGUGCUGUCCCUGAAGCAGCUCCUGCUCCCCUCGGAGGAAGACAGCGGGGUGGGGCCGCCGCUCGAAGGCGAUGGAGUCCCAGGGGGCGGCCCCCCAAGCCCAGCACAGCCCCAGGAAAUUCGGGAGGAACUGCUCAGCCUGGAGGAGACCAUUAAACAGCUGGAGGAGGUGGAGGAGGAGUUUUGCCGCCUGAGACUCCUCCUGUCUCCGCUCGGGGAGAGCACUGUCCCCCAGUCUGGCUGUACCUGAGGCCCCCUGCCCCAGGCAGGCCUUUCCGCAAGAAGGAGAGGGCCACCCGCCACUGCACAGCGCAGCAUCUCCAACCCCAAGGGCCUGAGGAGAGUGAGCCGGGCUGCCAGGGCCACGCCUAGGGGGGCCCAGCUGGGAUCACUGCCCCCCGAACCUCCCACUGGCCUCGGCCUUCUCUCCCUCCUGCUUGGGGGACUCAGGGCUUCAUUCCAUGGGGACACCAUCUGGCCCCCAUUCCUGGGCCAUCUCAGUAUUGCCCGGGGGGGGCCAGCCCCCACCCCCAAGUGCCUUUGCUCUGUUUUUAUACCCUGAAUUGGAGGUUUAUUUUUUAAUAUAUAUUAUCUAAGGA